GAUGCUUUUGUGUGUCAAAAGCUUUCGGGAAGUAGGCUAUUGCGCUUCAAUAAAAAGGAGACGCUAAAUAAUCCGAAAAUGCAACCUCCUCCCAGAAAGGUGAAGGAGACCCAGCAGGUGAAGAUGGCCUUUGCGGAGCAAGUGGGGCGGCUGCAGAGCAAACAGCAGCAGGAGGUAGAACUGCUGGAGGACAUCAGGUCCUUCAGUAAACAGCGUGCUGCCAUAGAACAAGAGUACAGUCAGGCCCUCCAGAGACUGGCCAUACAGUUCCAGAGGAAAGACUGGCAAAGAGGCAAGGGAGACUCUUUGAACUCUGGGAGUGUGUUUGCUGUGUGGAGGUCUCUGAUUGAGGCCACGGCACAGAGUGGAGUGUGUCGUCUCACGGCGGCCGACGGAUAUCGCUCACUCACUGCCGACGCUCUGAAGAGCCUGAGGGCAGCCAAGGAGCUGAAGGCCAAGAGGGGUCUAGAGCAGCUGCAGAGAGUACAGGGUGAGGUAGUGGAUGCACUACGAGAGCUCCACAAGGUCAAGAAGAGAUACUACCAGCUGAGUCACAUGGCUAACGUGGCCAGGGAGAAAGCUGCUGACGCACAGGCCAAAUUCAAGAAGAGUGACCACGGAAUUUUCCAUUUUAGGACAGGCUUGCAGAAAAUGAGUUCAAAGCUGAAUACCAGGCUGAGGGAGUGUGACCAGAGACUGACAGAGGUGCGUAAUGAGUACCUUCUAACACUGUCUGCCGUCAACUCUCAUCACCAAUACUACUACACUGCAGAGCUGCCUGCCAUCAUGAGGAGACUGGACAGUGACCUGUAUGAGCAAAUCCGAGAACACUUCACUCUCUUGUGCUGCACAGAGAUCGACACCUGCCGGUCAACGCAUAGUAACUUUAGCAAGAUCUGCGAGAACUACACCAAGGUGUCUAGAGAACGGAACAUCCAGAUCUUCCUCCAGGAUUUCCCGGUCUUCACCAGAACAGCCGGCUUUCACUUCCAGGUUGCCCCUAAAGACAAGGUGUGCAUUCUGAAGCAACAUAUCUCCAGUGCUGAGGGGGAGAGCUGUUUGGACAAGGAGGCCCGCAAGUGGUCUGCUAAGGCUGCCAAAGACUACAAGAUCAUCUCACACGGAGAUAGGGCACUGCAGAUGCUGGACAGGCGUUUCAAACUGCUGUCAGGAGACACAGGAGUCAGCGUGGAACAGAAGAUGGUGGGGGUGAAGGAGAGUGUGAGGAAAGCACAGGUGAGCCGGGUGAAGGCGGAGUCCAGGCUGGCGCUGCUGGCGUCGGCGGGGGUGGACGUGGAGCCAUGGGUGAGCAGUGCUAUGACCCAGGCAGACGAGGAGCUGGAGAGGGACAGGAGGCUGAGCGAGGCACGCAUGUCCAACGGAGAUAUCUCCGAGGACGAGUUUGAGUUCACAGACUUCGACGACUACGAUGAAGAUGGUGACACUUUCAUCGAUUCAACUUCCUGCUCGGUGCCGUGUGGAUACCCCUUGGCUUGCAUGGUUCUCUACAGCUAUCAGGCCUGCCAAGGAGACGAGCUGUCAAUCACAGAGGGAGAAGAGCUUCAGGUGAUAGAGGAUGGAGACAUGGAGGACUGGCUGAAGGCCCGUAAUGCAGCAGGCCAGGUUGGCUACGUCCCUGAGAGGUACCUGCAGUUCCUGUGGUCACCAGGAGAGGGCUCCUCUGUCUGCCUGGCGCAGGGCUUCCCUUGUCCCCAGCUGGACUGGUCCUUCAACAGUUCCAGCUCCUCAUCAGAACAUUCCAAGAGGCAGCAGGGCUGCUCCCCUCACUCUGGGGGUCUGGCACGGGCUCUGUUUGAGUACCAGGGCCAGGGUCCAGAGGAGCUGUCCUUCCCAGAAGGGGCGGUCAUUAGGCUGCUGCGCUGCCGCCAGGGGGAGGUUGACGACGGCUUCUGGGAGGGAGAGCUGGACGGACGCUUGGGGGUCUUUCCUUCUCUGGUGGUGGAGCUGCUGGGGGACGGGGAGAAAGAGGAGGAAGAGGAGAGCCUUCCCACCCCCACUCUUCCUCCAUUCUCUCCACCCAUCCCUAUUUCUGGAACCCCCUGCAGUCUCCUCUGCUUCUCAUCUGGCCCUGGGUCCUGGUCUGUAAACAGUACGCCCCCUAAGGACCCGGAGGACAGGUUGCAGGCUUCUUUCUCACUGAAAUCACAGAACCUGUCAGACAGCAGGGCAGAGAGUGCAGGCAGCACACACAGCUCACCUGACCUCUCAGCUGGAAGAAUACGACCGACAAGGGCUCCCCCUCUUCCCCCGACUCAGAGACACUCCCCCAUGCCCUGAGGAAGCAUGUGUGGGGGAGUGUUCAGAAGAGACAGAGUGGACACCACAGGAGAGUCUGGUGGUGCACACCCCCACCGGGACUUGUACAGUAUGUAGCUACCAGGUGAGCUUUGUCUCUUCCUGACAGGCUACACUAUUUUUGAAAGUUAUUAUUCUUGUAUUGUUUACGUGAUAUUAUGUCAAAAAACAUGGAUUCAUCUGUCUCUGAGCUUCAGGGACAUCAUUCACCAGAAGUAUUAAACUAUCUUGUAGGAAGUGAUGUUUAUAAUUUGCGUAUGAUAAGAUACAGGGUUAUUUGAGAUCCUGUAGAAUUAAAUGUUCAGUAUUGCAGUUCAAAUAAGCUUGUGCCUGAUGCUUUUUUUUGCUUGCAUGAUAAUAUACUUUAUUAAUUCUACAGUAGUAAACCUCAUAUAAUGCACUGUAUUAAUUAUACAGUAGUAAACCACAUAUAAUGCACUGUAUUAAUUAUACAGUAGUAAACCAUAUUCUACAUGUCAUGUUCUAUUUCCAUGAGAACCAGAAUCAAACAUGGACACUGAGAUGUAUUAAACAAUCUUCCUGGUG